AUGUCGUCCUCGGGCCCCGGGAGCGGCGCAGGCAUGGGAAAGCUGCAGCCCACGCAGAAGAACGAAGCAGACCCGGCACAAACAUCCAAAACUGCCACGAGCCAACCGCCAGCGAUGCUAGAGGAGGACGAUGAAUUCGAGGACUUUCCUGUUGAAGGCGAGGGCCUUCCAUCUAUAUACAAACCAACACGGGAAGAACUGAAAAAGGUCGAGGCGACAAAGUCAUAA